UUUUUGUACUUUUUUGUACCUCGCUACACGACCUAGAAUUUACCAUCCCUUAGUUUAACUAAAUAACUCCAGAACUGAGAUGCAUAUUGAUAGAGUCAGAGAACCAUAUGAAUAAUUAAAAUGUCCAAAGCACUCUGUUGUUAUGCGUUUGAAACUUUGCUGAAUAAGCUCUUUAUGACUCCACCAUCAGCUAAAGUUUCCUUAUCUAAAUAUUUUCAAAUUCUUAAUGAAUCAGCAUCAUCUUUACCUACAUCUGCAGCACUUUUCAUAACCUGGAAUCAAUUUGGUAACUUAAGAGGUUGUAUCGGAACAUUUCAUUCCCAACCAAUUGAAUCUGGAGUGAAGCUGUACAGUGUCAUUGCUGCAUUACAAGAUCAUAGAUUCCCCCCUAUAGAAGCACGGGAAAUAAAUGAGACAAUGCUGGUUUCAGUAACUUUACUUGAUAAUUUUGUUCCAAUUGAUUCUGCAGAAGGCUGGGAAAUUGGUCUUCAUGGAUUAAAAGUGUCAUUUGAAUAUGAAGGACUACAUUAUUCAGGUACCUUUCUACCUUCUGUGGCAGAAGAAGAAAAGUGGGAUAAAGUAACUACAUUAUACUAUUUACUCAAGAAAUCUGAUUAUGGUAAUGUUAAGAUGGACAAUGUGUUACUGUUCUAUAGGAGAGGCAUAAAACAAGGUUGGUUGCAAUUAACAAGAUAUGAUGGGUUGAAGAGUUCUUUGGAUUAUGAUGAAUAUGCUGCAAUUCGUAGAAGUAUCUUUGAAUAGUAAACAAUUGAUGAAGACUCUUCACAUAUCUUUAUUUUUCAUUAUAUUGAAAUUUGGGUUUGUAACGAUUAUGACCUUUGUUACUCAGAAUUGUUUUGUUUAUAAAUUUACAUAGAUUAUAAUGUACAUGAGCUUGUCUAUU